AAGAGUAAAUUGAAGGCUGACUGAGUUCCUAAAAAGUUUGGGAACCACUGCCCUACAGUAUAUGAAAACCUGUGCCUACUCCCAUUUCGUAAAGAAGAGGUCUCUCUCUCUCUCUCUCUCUCUCUCUCUCUCUCUCUCUCUCUCUCUCUCUCUCACACGCCCCCAAGUCAUCAGUAUUGCCUACCCUUUGCACAACCAGCAGAGGCAUUGCUCCUCUGCCCAAAUGUCUAGGCGCAGGGUAGGUUUCUGUCUGAGUGAUAAGAAACGGAGACAAAUUAAUCUGGUUGCUUUUGCUGAGCUUUGUGCGAGCCACAGUGUUGAGGUGGUUGAGAUAGAUCUCAGUCAGCCAUUGGAGUCUCAAGGACCUUUUGCGGUCAUUGUACACAAGCUCUCUGAUGUCAUUGUCAAGGCCGAGUACGACAGCCAAUCGCAACAGCUCCUUGACAACUUCCAGGGUUAUGUGUCCACCCAUCCCCAUACUGUUCUCCUGGACCCCCUUCCAGCAAUGAGCCAGCUACUGGAUCGCUUUGCCUCCUAUCGGAUUAUGAGCCAGCUCCAGAACUCCCUGAGAGACUGGCGAAUCAGCAGCCCUCCCUACCUGGAGAUCAGCACCAGUGACCUGUCAGUCAUCCAGCAGGACGUGGAGAGCAAGGGCCUCAGCUUCCCUCUGAUCUGUAAAACCAGGGUGGCUCAUGGAUCCUGUUCCCAUGACAUGUCUCUGAUCUUCAGUAUGGCUGGUCUGUCAGAGGCCCACCCUCCCUGUGUGCUGCAGAGCUUCGUCAACCACGGUGCCGUGCUGCACAAGGUGUUUGUGGUGGGAGAGGACCACUUCACUGUGGAGAGGCCCUCGCUGAAGAACUUCCCCCCUGGACCCUAUGAGAGGAAGACGAUCUUCUUCAACAGUCACCAGGUGUCCAAGCCAGAGUCCUGCUCCCACCUCACUGCACUGGAUGAGAAGGUGCCGAGGCUGCCUCCCCCCAGUGGUGAGGCCAUGGUGGCCCUAGUAAGAGAGCUGAGGGCAGAGCUGGGCAUGGCUCUGUUCGGGGUGGACGUCAUCGUCAACAUCAACACACACACCCUCACUAUCAUCGACAUUAACAUCUUCCCAGGUCACUGGGCCAUCCUUCAUUUCCAUUUGUCAUUAACAGACACUCUUAUCCAGAACGACUUACAGUCAUCAAAGUCACUUUAUUCUGCUAUAUUUGCUUCCAUGUUACACUUUCACUCUUACUCAAUUUCAUGUUCUCUUUCUAGCUCUCUCCCUCAUCAACCACAUAUUUCCGUCCCUCUCUUCCAGGCUAUGAGGGAGUGCCUCAGUUCUUCUCCUCCCUCCUCAGUCACAUUGAGUCAGUAUUGGACCACCAGGAACUGGAAGUCCCCCAGGCAACAUGUCCUCCUGCUCCCUCUGCACCCCAGACUGACCUCUGAACUCUGACCUGGGUUCACCGUUGACUCUUGACCCUGACCCGGCUCAUCUUUUCUGAUACAUACAGAAAGCCCCUGGAAGUAGGAGACCUAAUUGAUGACGGUUGCCUUUAAAUAAAUCUCAUAAUAUGGGUCUGAGUCUCCUCUCCUUGCAGACACAUACAGUACCAGUCAAAAGUUUGGACACACCUACUCAUUCAAGGGUUUUUCGUUCUUUCUUUUUUAGUGAAGACAUCAAAACUAUGAAAUAACACAUAUGGAAUCAUGUAGUAAUCAAAAAAGUGUUAA